UUUGCGUUAAGGAGUACUGUAUUUGUGUAGAGAGGUGGGAACCCACGUGAGAUGUAUGCGAGACCAGUGCACUGUCAUCGUCAAAGCAGGGCAGGGUAGGCCAAGGCUACCAUAUACUUCACUUACAAGUGCAACGACUUUCGUUUGCGUGGUGCUGCAGCCCAGUUCCUUGUUCUGUAUGACACAUGGUUUGCAUUGACUUCUUGUGGCCAUGCAGGUUCCUCGUCUACAGCUUCCCUGGAUCAGUACUACUCCCUCGUGUCCGUAGGAGGUGGACUGCAUUCCUGCCGACAGUGCAACUAUGUGACCAAAGACAGAAAAAACAUGAAGAGACACGUUCGCAUACACACUGGCGAGCGCCCCUAUCAGUGCCACCUGUGUCCAGCUGCAUUCGCUCGGCGCACCACUCUUAGAGAGCACAUUUUUAGCCACAAGGGAGAGCGUCCCUUUUCCUGUGACCACUGCAAUGCAUCCUUUUCAGAAAGAUCCAACCUCCUGCGUCACAUUCGCACACACACAGGAGAGCGCCCCUAUUCCUGUGACAACUGCAGUGCAUCCUUUUCAGAAAGAUCCAACCUCAUGCGUCACAUUCGCACACACACACGAGAGCGCCUCUAUUCCUGUGACAACUGCAGUGCAUCCUUCUCACACAAACCCAACUUCACUCGCCACACCUCAAAGUGUCAUCCAAGCAAGAUGCCCGCUACCAUAUACUUCACUUACAAGUGCAACGACUUUCAUUUGCAUGGUGCUGCAGCCCAGUUCCUUGUACUGUAUGACACAUGGUUUGCAUUGACUUCUUGUGGCCAUGCAGGUUCCUCGUCUACAGCUUCCCUGGAUCAGUACUACUCCCUCGUGUCCGUAGGAGGUGGACUGCAUUCCUGCCGACAGUGCAACUAUGUGACCAAAGACAGAAAAAACAUGAAGAGACACGUUCGCAUACACACUGGCGAGCGCCCCUAUCAGUGCCACCUGUGUCCAGCUGCAUUCGCUCGGGGCACCACUCUUAGAGUGCACAUUUUUACCCACAAGGGAGAGCGUCCCUUUUCCUGUGACCACUGCAAUGCAUCCUUUUCAGAAAGAUCCAACCUCAUGCGUCACAUUCGCACACACACAGGAGAGCGCCCCUAUUCCUGUGACAACUGCAGUGCAUCCUUUUCAGAAAGAUCCAACCUCAUGCAUCACAUUCGCACACACACAGGAGAGCGUCCCUUUUCCUGUGACCACUGCAAUGCAUCCUUUUCAGUUAGAUCCAACCUCAUGCGUCACAUUCGCACACACACAGGAGAGCGCCGCUAUUCCUGUGACAACUGCAGUGCAUCCUUCUCACACAAACCCAACUUCACUCGCCACACCUCAAAGUGUCAUCCAAGCAAGAUGCCCUAAAGAUCAGUGUUACAGAGACCUUUCUUUUUGUGAGAGGCAUUACUGAUUGAUAAAUGACUAUUUUAUAGCGGAAGGUAACACCUAAUCCACAUCGAACAGUUCUUGGAUGUCUCGAGGGGCAGUUUGUUACAGUAUAUUGCUUAGAAAUCUGUUAUUGUGGAUGAAAGUUUCUUAAAAUGUGGCUUCAGGUGACCUGAAAGCUAUGCCAUGAUGUUGAAAGUUUUAGAUUGCCUUGAUUAUGGAUUGGGUGAUCAUGCACUGAUUACUGUGUCACUUUCUUGAAAUGGAAACUUUUACAGCCUAUUGUUUAAAGUGACAUCUGUCAUUGUUGAUGAAAGCUAUGAUGUCAUUCUAAGCUCUGAGAUUUUUUUGUAUUUCAUAUUUUCCUGUCUGUUUUAUAUUAAGGUGGUAUGGUCAACAAAAUAGGUCGUCAUGGUUUUUGUCAGAAACUGUCCCAUAUUUCUUUUUGAAAUCUUGCAUGGUCAAUAAGAAAGCAAUUGGCCUUCACAUUGUGUAAUUUUUGCCCCAUAGCUUUUCUUACUUACUUGUACUUGUAUACCAAAUUUCGGACUCGGUGGUAAAAUGAAAUGCACCUUUUCUCAAAAAUGAAAAAAUUUAUGGCUGUUAAAUUUUGCAUCUUAAUUCUACAUAACAGUGGCAUUAACCUCUAUCUAGAAGAACGCAGUGUUGCA